AUGAGUGGAUUGAGGACAUUUGUUUUUGCAUAUUUUUUGGGUGGUAUCACUUUUAUACCUUUAGUAAUAGUUGCCUUCUUAUACUUAAACCAAAAAACAAAACCAACAAAUGAUGUCGACGAUAAAGAUUUAUCAUCAAACUUGCUCGUUCCAGAUAUAGAUCCUGAAUUAAAAGCAGGAAAAUAUGAAGAUAAGGAAGGCGUAGAUGUGAAAUAUAGUGGAUGGAUAAGUAUCACAAAUCAAUACUAUUAUCACUUCACAGAACUGAAAGAAUUAGGUUUAAAUGAUGACGAAACCGUUCUAGAGAGAUCUCAAUUGAAGAAAAGACAAAGGUUUUACGUUAUUUUGAGAGAAGGAAACCUUUUCCUAUAUAAAGAUGAUGACCCACGUAGAAAUAAUUUGUUGCAUGCAAUUUCUUUAAAGGAUAUGUUCGUUACUAUAUGGCCACGUUAUAAUACAGACAACGAACCAUUACCUGACGCUAGUUUAUAUACAAAGAGAACAUGUCUGGGAUUAUUCAGAAAAGGUUCGGUAACAUUCGAUGAGGAUAAAAAGAUGUUGCUAUUCGCUAAAAGUAAUAUCAUAGAACCAGACGAAACCAAUCAAGAUACUGCAACUUUAAAGACUUCUAAAGCAAAUCAAUUUUAUCUAUAUUUUGAAAACAAUAUGGAUAAAGAAGAUUGGUAUUUCCAAUUAAUUAAUGCUUCUAAGAAUAUCUCCUCAACAGAGAUUACCUCACCUUUGAACCCUAAUAUCAUAGCUGAUACAGCUCAUUUAAAUACUGCAGAUGCGUUGUAUUUAAUUCAAACAAUAAAUUCUACAAGAGGACAAUUAACGACAAAAUGGUUAAAUGCUUUACUAGGGAGAUUAUUUUUAUCAUUACAAGAGACAGACACCCUAAAUCAAGUCCUAUUAGAAAAGAUUGAUAAAAAAUUAACCAAGAUUAAUAAACCUGGAUUUCUGAAUGAUUUCGUAAUUGAAAAAGUAGAUGUUGGUAAUAGUGUCCCAUUCAUAACAAACCCACAACUAUCAGAAAUGUCACCAGAGGGUUCAAUGAAACUAUUAGCAGAUGUGUCAUAUAAGGGUUCCCUAGAAGUCAUAAUAUCAACAAAGGUUAACAUCAAUUUGGGGUCUCAUUUCAAACCAAGGGAGGUUUCCUUGCAAUUAUCAAUAAAAGUGAAGGAAGUAACUGGCCCAUUACUGAUACUGUUUAAACCACCUCCCUCAAAUAGAAUAUGGUACGCUUUUGAAAGUGAACCUGUAAUGGAAUUAGAUAUAGAACCAAUUGUCAGUUCAAGUAAAUUAUCUUAUAACGUAAUUACAAACGCGAUCAAAGGCAAAUUUGCAGAGGCUAUCAAAGAAUCAUUGGUAGUACCAUAUUACGAUGAUAUUGUGUUUUACUCUACUACCGAUGAGAUAUACAGAGGUGGUGUUUGGUCAAAAAAUACGAAAACUUCGGCAUCUUCUCUAAAUAUGGAAUUGGAUAUGACCAAGACUCAAGUUAAUGAUACUGAUUCUAACAAAUCGUCUAACAAGGUCGAGACUAAAUCAAACAACAGUAGUUCAUUUAAAGCAACUGAAACAUCUGUUAAAUCAAGAACAAUAGAAAAAAUGGGUUCUUUGAAGAAUAGUUUAAAACCAUCCAGACUAUCUAUGGACUUCAACACGUCUGCAAAUAGCACAUACCGAUCGAACGACCAAGACGAGGAAUUGGAUAUUGGAGCUGCAAAGGAAAGCAAAAGUAAAGAAUUAGCCAAUAAAUUAGAUGAGCACUCAACAAAAUCUAAAAAAUAUAUUAAAAACUCAAUGAAUAAACUCAAUAGAUGGUAUAAGGAGAAUGUUUCAACAAAGGAAGAUGAAAUACCAGAGGAAGAACAGGAAAGGCUUGACGAAAUGGAAUCUAAUGAAAAAGUUGAAGAUAAUUUGAUAGAAACGAUACCUAUGCCCACAAAAGAUGCUAUGAAAGAGCCACCACAGAUGAUAUCCAAUAGGAGAGCGAUAUCAAAAAAGACUAAUGAAAAUGUCUUGAGUAGUCCCGUUGUCUCUCAGAUGAGCGAAAGUAGUGAGGGGAAAUUCGAUACUUCACCGGUAGUAGUUGCCACAGAAAUGUUUGGAAAUAAACAAAGAUCUAUCUCAACAUCUUCAGGUAGUCAUAAUACUAUAAAUCACAAGGGGAGUUACUCACAAUUUACUAACCCAAACAUGAAAGAAUAUUACUGA